UAUCAGUCAAAUCUAAAAUAUAAAAUAAUAAUAAAAAAAAAAACUAGAGGUUUUGACUUCUUUUUUUAUUUAUUUUAACGCGGUUUGGAUUUUCAAAACGGAAGAAUGAGCGUUAUCGAAAGGUUCAUCUGUUUGUGUUUAUUGAUGACCUAACCAACCAAUUAACUGAUACGCAUUGCUGAUAAUGAUUUUCUCCUAAGAAGUUUUAGAUGGCUACCCGAGUUACACGGUCAAGGCAGGGAUUAACGCAGCAACCAGAACCACAAUCACGGGCUCGGUGGACAACUGGGCUUACUAAGAUAUUUGCAGACUUGUUGGUUGACCAGGUUCAGAAAGGGAAUAAACUAAAUAACAAUUCUUUUAACAAGAAAGCAUGGACGGUUAUGUGUGAUGAAUUUUAUCAGAAGACAGGACUGAGAUGGGAUAAGGAGCAGCUCAAAAAUAGAUACUCUGUCAUGAAGAGGCAGCACUCUAUUGUAAAGUCACUUAUCAAUCAAAGAGAAUUUUGUCUAGAUGCAUCUACAGGGAACGUUAUUGCAAGCAAUGAAGCAUGGAACGAAUACAUAAAGGCACAUCCUGAUGCUGAGCCUAUAAGAGUUAGUGGCUGCCCAAUCUUCAAACAGCUUGGUGUGAUAUUCUCAGAUGCGCUAAAUAAUGAGAACCAUGAAGAGUCAGCUGAACAAGAGGAAGAGUUUCCUUCAUCAGUUCCUUUUGAGAGACCUUUCAGCACAAUUCGAGAAGUGGAGCCUUUGAACACUAUCCAAGAGGACGAGGAGUCAUCAGAAUCUGAGGAUGAGGAUGAUGUUGCAGACGAUCAAGAAAAGUAUCAACCUAGCACACGUAGUACUACUGUUGUGCACAGUACAAGUACUGCUUUGGACAGUGCAAAUGCUGCUAAUCGUAAAAGAGGUCGCAAGGGGAUUGAUGAUGCUAUUGCAGGAGCUAUAUCACACAUGGCAGCUGCAUCAAGGCUUAGGACAGCUGCCAUAAGGCAAAUUAGUGAAAGAUACAGUGUUGCUGAUUGUAUCAAGGAAUUGGAUGCAAUGCAAGGUGUGGAAGAAGGGAUCUAUUUUGCUGCUCUGGAUUUGUUUGACAACCCUAAUGCUAGAGAGAUUUUCUUGUCUCUCAAAGGCGACAAGCGAAUGAUUUGGUUGCGUGGUAAGUGUACUGCUCAUCUAAUAUCGUAGUUUAUAAAGAGGAAUUAUCUGGACUUGUGCAAUUAUAUACUCUUUAAAUAAAGUAGUUGCUUCUUUUAACUUUGUAUAUAUUAAGUCUAGUUUUUGUUUUGAAAAGUAUAUCUUUCUUGAUCUAAGCUUUUUGCCCACAACAUCAUCAUAUGGUGCAAGAAUGGGAUUUUGCCAAGGAAGAUAUAUUUUAGCUAAGCUUGCAGCUGUUUAGGACCAUUAAUCUUAGAAGCAUAUGGCAAACAAAAUAAAAGCAUUUUCUAUUGAA